CCAAAAUAUUUACAUUUACAGCUCCCAAAAUCCAACUCCUAAUAGGAAAAAAGGUGCGACAGUCACCCACUGUUUUGUUCUCUUUGGUUUUCCCUCUUUGUACUUGUUUUGUUGGGUAGAGUAUUUUUCUUGUUAUUCAAUACCUACCAGCCGGCUUCUUAAUUCCUAUUUUUUCUUUAAUCGAAUAUCGAAUUUCAUAAUUUCUAUUUCUUUGUUGAACCCAUUAGCAUGCCGAAUCAGAAUUGUCGCAAAUUCGAUGAAAAGCUGUUUCAACUGAUCCAUUGAUCAGAUUCAGAUUGUAGAAGAUGGCGACGUUAAUUGCGAAACAACGACCAUUGAGCAGUCAGAACGCCCCAAGAAUGAGAAAUCCGUCUAAGGUUUUUAGGAAGAGAAAUUUUAUCCUAAAUAAUGAUGAAGAAAAACAUGGAAAGGACAAUGCAGCAUCACUGCUCAACGUUACAGAGUUCCCUAAUAAGAAACCAAAGCUUUGUUCUGAUACUGUCGUCCCCCGUGGCAGAAGAACUAUGGAAGAGCAAGUUGGUGUUGUAAUCAGGAAAGGGGUACCGGAGGAUGCACGUUUAUCGGGUGCAUUGGGAGAGAGAAUAAAAACAGCGCAAAAGCCAAAGAAGAACAUGAUCACAUCGCAUCAGAGGACCAAGACAAUAGCUACUGGAAAGGAAUCUGAUGACUCGCGUAGUAGGAUGCAUCAUCGUUCAGCAAAAAAGAAGGAACCAAGUUUUAUAAGUUGGGAUGACUUCAUCAGUGAUGACGAAGAAGAGGAGGAGUGCAAAGAGGAAGAAGAUGAAGAGCGUUGUUCAGGACCCUUAACGAAAUCUCAGAUGCCACUUGAUGAAGAGUAUUGUCCAGGACCCUUAACGAGAUCUCAGAUGCCACUUGAUGAAGCUUUGAAUAGUUUAAGAAACUCAGAAAAGUUUUGGAGAACUUCCAAGCAAGAAAAAGUUCUUAAAAAUGGACCUAUGAGAAAUAAAAGGAAUGAUAAAGUGAAAGAUGAGCCUCUCGAAUGCAGGGACAGACUUAAACUUUCUACCUCCACAAAAAGCAUUCUUCUAAGUGGAAAUCCGCAGAGGAAAGGGAUGCCUGAUAAAGUAAAUCUAGAACAAUCUCUAGGAACUUCAAGCAAGAAGAUGGCUCAAAAAGGAGAUAAUACAAUGAACAAGGUGGAAUGUGGAACUGAAGAAAAAUGGGGCGCGUGCAAGAAAAAACCAAGUUUGUCCAAGGUUGGAAAAAAAAUGCCGGGGACUCAAGAAAUUGAAGGCUCAAGGAAUAAAAGGGUGCCUGCUAAAUUGAAUGGAGAAAAAUGUCUAGGAACGUCAAGCAAGAAGAAGAUUCCUAAAACGAUGGACAAGGUGGAUGAAAGUGAAGACAAGUGGGAUGUGUGCAAGGAAAAGCCAAGUCUGUCCAAGGAUGGAAAAAAGACGCUGGAAAAUCAUGAAAAAGAUGCAGAGAAUAAAAGGAUAUCAGUAAGACGUGUUGCUGCCUCAUUCAAGAGAUACGGUCAUGAUUAUUAUGUCGGUGAGUGGGAAGAUGAUACUGAGGGGUAUGAGGUUUUGCCAAUAAGCAAUGGACAUCAUAUACCAAGUAACACAAGAAGCCAGAGAAUUGAUGUUUCACAUGAUCUGAAACCAAAUAAUAGUCCAAAAGAUAUAAUAAAAAAUUCAGAAAAGUUGUCUGCUUGCAGUUCAUCACCUUCCUCCUCGUCGUCCUCUGGUUCAACAAUUUCAAGAAGUGGAAUAGAUAGAUCUACAAACAUGAAGGUAAAUUUUCAGCCUCCAAAGUGUCAUCAAUGCAGAAGAAGUGAUAGAAGAACUGUUGUUCCUUGUAUGAAGUGUAAGGAGAAAUUAUACUGUAUCCAGUGCAUCAGGGAAUGGUAUCCUGAAUUGGAAGAAGAGGAAGUUUCAGAGGUUUGUCCAUAUUGUCGUGGAAAAUGUAAUUGCAACCUGUGCUUACACUCAAGCGGCACACUUAAGACAUCAAGAAGGGAUCUCACUGAUCGUGAAAAGAUUGAGCAUUUGCACUAUUUGAUUAUCGAACUCCUCCCCUUUCUGAAAGAAAUUCAUCAGGAACAAAUCCAGGAAAUAGAGAUGGAGUCUUCUAUUCGUGGGGUAUCUUCAUCUUCAGUUGAAAUUAAACAGUCACUUUAUCAAAAUGAUGAGCGAGUUUACUGCAACAACUGUUCAACUUCAAUAAUCGAUCUUCAUCGAAGCUGCCCAAAUUGCUCGUAUGAGCUCUGUCUAAGUUGCUGCCAAGAGCUGCGGGAAGGCAGAUUUCCGGGAAAUAGUGAUGAAGCAGUUUUCCAGUAUUUAGACAGAGGCUAUGAUUACAUGCACGGUGGAGAUCUACUGCAUGAAAAUUUCCAUAAUAUGAAAAUUUCACAGGACCAGAAAAAACCAAUUACUUGGAUUGCUAAUUAUGAUGGUAAUAUCAUGUGUGCUCCUGUAGAAAUGGGUGGAUGUGGAAAUUGUAUUUUAGAUCUGAAGCAUCUGUUGCCGAAAAACUGGAUCUCAACUUUGCAAGCAAAAGCGGAAAGAAUUCUGAUCCAAUGCAAUUUUGCCCAGAUAAUUUCUCAGCCAAUUUGCACAACUGAUGACCCUGAACUGUUACACAAAGCGGCUUCUAGGGUUGGUUCAGAUGAUAACUGCUUGUAUUCCCCUACUGCAAAGGACACUAUGAAGGAUGACGCACUUUUACACUUUCGCAGACACUGGGCCAAGGGUGAACCGGUGAUAGUACGAGAUGUUCUUGAGCACACAAGCGGUUUAAGCUGGGAACCAAUGGUUAUGUGGCGUGCAUUAUGUGAGAGCACUGAUUCAAAGAUCCUUACAAGUAUGUCAGAAGUAAAGGCUAUCGACUGCCUGGCUGGUUGUCAGGUUGAAAUCAAUACUCGAAAGUUUUUUAAAGGCUAUACAGAGGGCAGAACGUACAAAAAUCUCUGGCCUGAAAUGCUCAAACUUAAAGACUGGCCACCAUCUGACAAGUUUGAGGAUCUCUUGCCUCGCCACUGUGAUGAGUUUAUCAGUGCUUUGCCAUUCCAGGAGUACACAGAUCCAAGGAUAGGUAUUCUGAAUCUUGCCGUUAAAUUACCAACAGGUGUCUUAAAACCUGACUUGGGUCCAAAGACAUACAUUGCGUAUGGUAUGACGAAAGAACUUGGAAGAGGGGAUUCGGUGACAAAGCUUCACUGCGAUAUGUCAGAUGCGAUAAAUAUUUUGACACACACAGCAGAGAUGGCUGUAAGUGAUGAGCAGCAGUCUGCAAUUGAGAGUUUGAAACAGAAGCAUAGAGCUCAAGAUGAAAGAGAGUGCCUCGAGCAUGAUGGCAACGAAUAUCCUAUGAAGAUAUCUAGUGGGAUCAGAAGGGAGGAGAAAACACCUGAAACGACUGGAGGUGCCUUGUGGGAUAUCUUCAGAAGGGAAGACGUACCCAAGUUGAAGGAGUAUCUUUUAAAGCAUGCAAAGGAAUUUAGGCACACUUACUGUUGUCCUGUGGAUCAGGUUUUUCACCCGAUCCACGAUCAAACCUUCUACUUAACUUUGGAGCACAAGAGAAAACUAAAGGAAGAAUUUGGGAUUGAGCCUUGGACCUUUGAGCAAAGACUCGGAGAGGCAGUUUUCAUUCCUGCAGGAUGCCCUCACCAAGUGCGUAAUCUCAAGUCGUGUACCAAAGUUGCUGCCGAUUUUGUUUCUCCUGAAAACAUUCAAGAAUGCCUCCGCCUCACAGCUGAAUUUAGGAAAUUGCCAAGAGGCCACAAGGUCAGAGAAGACAAACUAGAGAUUAAGAAAAUGAUUAUUCAUGCAAUCAACCAAGUUGUCACAGAUUUGGAGCAGCUUACAUAUAUAGUUUAGAGAAUUAGCAGUAUAACCUUUUGCUUAACAAUUUUCUUUAGCAGCAGUAGCAAUCUGUCAACAGUUGGUAUUGCUGCUGCUAAUGGCCUCGGGUGUUCUUUUAGCUGUUAGGCCAUGGACAAUUGUGAUACACAUUUCUUGCAGCUUAGGUCCUCUUCAUCAUUGUUGCAUGUAGAAGAUAAAUGUUAAAGGGACAUUCUUUUUUCUAUCAAACUCCUGCAAUAAAGGCAGCUUAUCCGGAA